CCCGUACAUUCCCAGCCCAGACUGGCUGCACUGACAAUGCUAUUUGUCUUUGUCUCCAGGAUGGGCCCAGGAACCCUCAAUGAUUCAGGAACCACUGAGUUUCUGCUGCUGGGACUGUGGGCCCCACCUUCCCUGCGACCCCUGCUGUGGGCCUCACUUCUUCUAGCCUACCUCACCACUGUGCUGGGUAAUGGUGCCUUAGUGGGUCUGAUAGCCCUGGAUAGACGACUGCACCGGCCCAUGUAUCGCCUGCUGACCCACCUGGCCCUUCUGGACACAGCCUAUGUGAGUACCACUCUACCGCAAGCGCUGGCACACAUGACUAUGCGUCGUGCCCGCCUCUCCCUGGUGGGUUGUGGCGCGCAGCUGUACGUGGGCAUCUCCCUGGGCAGCUGUGAGGCCAUCCUCUUGGCCGCGAUGGCCCUGGACCGCUGCCUGGCUGUGUGCAGACCUCUGCAUUAUGCGACCCUGGUGACGGCGCCCCGCUGUGCAGCGCUGGCUGGAGCAUCCUGGACACUGGGUUUUGCGCUCUCUGUGCCCAAUGCGGUGGCUACACUGCGUCUGCCCUUUUGUUCUGGGAGGUCAGCAGUGGACCACUUCUUCUGUGAGCUGCCUGCGGUGCUGAGGACAGCGUGUGCAGACACCACAGCCAACUACAGGCUGGUCUACGGCCUGGGUGUGCCCAUCCUCCUGGUACCCUUGGUCCUCAUCCUAGCCUCCUACACCUGGAUUCUGGCUGCUGUGCGCAGAUUGCCUUCUGUUGGGAGUCGCCACAAAGCUUUGUCCACCUGCAGCUCACAUUUGGCCGUGGUGGGGCUCUUUUAUGGCACCGUGAGUGCCAUGUACCUGCGGCCCAAAGCCUCUAGUGAUCUUCCUGCUAGACACCAUAAACUGGUGGCAGUUUUCUACCUGGUGAUCACACCUGUCCUCAAUCCACUCAUCUACAGCCUUCGAAACCAUGAGGUCCACAUGGCAGCCCGCUAUGCCCUGGCCCGGCUGCGGGGGACGCGCACUGUGUUGCACUAAGCGACUUCUGCAGGACACAGAAU